UUAUUCUAUCACUUGGGUGAACAAAAAGAAAAAGUGAUCGACACCUUUUAUUUAUUCUAUUCAUUCCUUUUACAUAGAAAAGAGAACCACGAAAGCACCUUCCUAGCUACUUGUGAGCCCAGAGGAUACUUUAUUAGGCAUGACAAGGCUGACCAUUAACACUCAACAAUGUCGGCUGACCGGUCUGCUUUAGUUUCUUCAUCUCCUAUGGCUAUAAAUAAACGAACGCCCAGCGGCCUCAGUGCCCAUAGCAGCAGCAGCUGGUGUAGUACUCUUUAACAAAGAGAGAAAUUAAACACAUACAGCUCAGCAACUAUACAGAGAUAUGGCGGUUGGUCAGCAGGCAGCAGCAGAAGCAGCUAAGUCCUCUCUGAGUAUCUUCUGUGUUACCCUCCUGCUAAUUUCCACCCAGCUGCUGAUUCAAUCCCCCACAGUGCUUGCAGCUCCACCAGCUUUAGUAUCAUCCCAGCAGUCAAUAAAAGAAGAGAAGGUCGUCAUCGACAACAUUAAUAGUAGAAAGAUGCAUGGGGGGCUUAAGGACAAUAAAGGUACUCGCUCGGAUUCUGAUGGAGAUGGACGUCGACACCACACACUGGAUAGCGGACACAAGAACCGUCACAUGCACCCUUAAGUUGAAUGAUAUCAGAUGCACAAUUACACAGAGUGAAUAAUUAUUUGGCAUUUUUAUCUUUCCUAAUUUGUGAAUCACUCUUAAAGUGAUGCUAUUGUUGAAUUGCUUUAAUGUUUAACUAGCUAGCUAGUAAUUAGAAGAUAUAAAUGUCUAUGUUUGUAUGUGUGUGCUUGAUCAUAUAAUAUGUGAAGAUGUAAAAUUGAUGCACCUUUUGUACGAUGAGAUGUUUCGUGCUAAUAAAUUUAUAUUUUCAUC